GAAAAUCUGUAACUGAAAAUACUUUAAUAUUUUUUAAAAAGUAAGUAAAAAGUUAACGGAGCCCUAUUCCGAGCUUGUGGAAAACUAUCAGGGCUCCUCCCCAGUCUGGGCUCUUGGCUCUGGGGUCGCGGGAGGAGUGCGCCUGGCACAGAGUGAAGGUGGCUAUUGUGACUUCCCCGGCCCCGGGAGGGGUGGCUCGGGGCCCAAGGGUGUCCAAGGCCCUGGGAAGGAACCGCCCUCGGUGAGAGGGCGUGUCAAGGCGGGGUCCCAGGCUCCACCCCGACCUCCCGGCCCGCCCCGCCCCGCGUCCGCGUGGUUCUCACCCCAGCCGCUCCGCGGAGCCUGUGGUCCUCGGCCGCUCCGGGUUGCGGUGGCGCUGCGGAGAGGCUCAAUCCCCCAAGGUCUGGCCGUGACCUCUGCCCAGAAGAGGCCGGGGAGCGCGCUCUCCGGGCAGACCUGCACGCCACCAGCUUCCAGCGACUCGUCCGGGACCUAGAGUGAGCGACCCCAGGGGGACAGAUCCGGGUGGCCAUGUCUGCGCCCGCCCGCCAUCUGUGUCAUAUCUCCUUCCAUGUGCCAGCUGGGCAGCCCCUAGCGAGGGACCUGCACCGCCUCUUCGGCUUCCAGCCCCUGGCGGAGCGGGAAGCAGGCGGCUGGAGGCAGCUGGCCCUGCGCAGCGGGGACGCCGUCUUUCUAGUGAACGAGGGUUCGGGACCCGGGGAGCCACUGUACGGCCUGGACCCUCAUCACUCAGUGCCCAGCGCCACGAACCUGUGCGUGGACGUGGAGGAUGUGGGCGGCGCCGCCCGGGCGCUGGCGGCCCGGGGCUGCAUCGUGCCGGUACCACCCACUAGCGUGAGAGAUGCCCAGGGCACAGCCGUCUACACAGUGGUCAGCUCUCCGGUUGGUAACCUUAGCCUUACGUUGCUGCAGCGUGCUGGCUACCGCGGAUCCUUCCUGCCCGGAUUCAGACCCCUGCCUUGCACACCAGCCCCGGGCUGGGUCAGCCACGUGGACCACUUGACCUUGGCCUGCACCUCCGGCAGCUCCCCUGCACUUAGGCGCUGGUUCCACGACUGCCUAGGGUUUCACCACUUGCCGCUGGGCCCAGGUGAGGAUCCGGAGCUGGGCUUCACGGUGGCUGCAGAGUCUGGGCGAGGGGGUCUGAGGCUUACCGCCCUGCAGACCCCACCGGACAGCACUGUCCCCACUCUCGUGCUGGCAGAGUCCCUGCCGGGACCCACUGACAAACAGGACCAGGUGGAGCAGUUUCUAGCCAGGCACAGGGGGCCGGGUUUGCAGCACGUCGGACUGUAUGCUCCCAACAUCUUAGAAGCUUCUGAGGGGAUAGCGAAGGCAGGAUGCCGGCUCCUGGCUCCUCCUGAAGCUUAUUACCAGCAGCCCGGCAAGGAGGAACAAAUCAUAGCCUCAGGGCACAAGCCUAGCCUUCUAGAACGGCGGGGAAUCCUACUGGAUGGCGAUAAAGACAAGUUUUUGCUUCAGGUCUUCACCAAGUCCCUCUUCCCUGAGGACACCUUCUUCCUGGAGCUGAUUCAGAGACAGGGAGCCACAGGCUUUGGCCAGAACAACAUCCGGGCACUGUGGCAGUCGGUGCAAGAGGAAGCCGCCAGGGCCCGGGGAGCCUAACCCAGGCUGGAGCUGGGAGUUGCCCCUUGUCUCGGUGCUCUGGAGUCCAGCACAGGCCUGCUGGAACUGACACGCCCCGCAGAAACACACCAAGGAGAGAGGCUAUCCCUUCCAGACAGGUGUGAUCCUCAUCCCAACCGGUACCUGCCACCUGUAGACUCUCUUAUUGGACUCCAGAGAGACAGGAUUUGGAAAGACCACUCCUAAACCGCCUAACACGGCUAGAAGUAAACUGAGGAAUGAGGUCGGAAGACAGAACCAACACCCCUGAGCCUGUCUUCCCUGCACCCUUCCCAUGCAUCCUUCAAGAUUGCUACUGUUAGUCCUUUUGCUUUCUGAAGUUUCGCUGCACCUGAAAUGUACCCUGAAUAAAUCAUUCGAUUCUGUUUUUGAGGAAGGAAUUUAAUACAAAGCCUCCUCUGAGCUGACCUCUCCCCAGGGACCAACUGUUCCAGGUGUGGGUGCUAGCCCAACCACCUGCGAUGCUGCAGCUCCAAUUAGAGCUGGCCUGAGCCCAGACAGGAGUGACGGAAGCCAGUCAGCCGUGGACAGGUGCUCCCUGCAGCUGCCCUCAGGCUUUCCUGGGAAAGAACACUCCGGUCAGGUUGCCUCCUGCCUUCCAGGUCUG